AUGUCAACAGAAAAUGCUGGUGUAACAGCUUCAUCGGCUACACCACCCAAUAUUUAUGGUGGUUUAGAAGGACCUGAAUCUAUGUAUUUAAAAUUGAUUUCAUCUGAUGGACAUGAAUUUGUUGUACGUCGAGAUUUUUCUAUAAGUGCAUCACCAACAAUAAAAAAUAUGCUUAGUGGUCCUGGACAAUAUUCAGAAUCACAACCAAAUGAAAUUUAUCUUAAAGAUAUACCUUCACAUAUACUUAUUAAUGUUUGUCGUUAUUUUGCUUAUAAAACAAAAUAUACAAAUUCAUCGAUUGAUAUUCCUGAAUUUCCAAUUGAUAUUCAAGUUGUAAUUGAAUUACUUGUUGCAUCAGACUUUCUUGAUUGUUAA